AUGGAGUUGAAUCUCAACCAGACUGGCCCAAACACAUGCCCACACCAUCAUCUGGUGGAGGAAGAUCCGACAAGCUGGAUGGGCACGCUUCUCGCGGUCCGAGAAGUCAACAUGAUUGUGACGAUGCAAAAACUCAUGGAGAAGCCGGAAUGGUUUCGCAAAGUUCAUGAUGAAACCGUCUGCGCCAAAUGGAUGUCUGAAGUCAUGAGCCAUGUCGACGACUUCAGCGAGUUGAUGUGGGAGUACUGUGUCGCGGAGCUUCGCGACAAGGCCAAAACUCUGGAAGAAACUGGAAUCGUUGCACCCAUCGACGUUGACUCCCAAGUCGUUUACUCGGACACUGCUAUCUCAGAAUCAACGAGAAAAGACCUCAAUCGCGCUGUUGCCUCACUGGAAAAUGUACCGGACAAGCACAAAGAUUGGCACCCUAAGACUAGGGAAAGAGUUCUUGACCUUGUUCAUCCAUCUCUUUUCCCCUUGGUCUAUGGUCGUUCGAGAGUCUUGAAAAAGGGAACUGUCGGUCUUGAAGACUGUAUGUCUUAUUGCGGCAAAGGAGAAAUGGUCGAGACGCCAGUAAAGCCCUUUAGUGGUGGUUGGUCCGAUCAGUUCCAAUGGCUUCCUUGUGAUGUCGAGUUUCAAGGUGAAGAUGAAAUCAAGAUCGUCAGCUAUGUCAACAACCUACACCCAAAAGAGUAUCCGGACAUCUACCGCUUGGUUGAAAAGGUCAUUGCUAAAGCAGUACCUCUCUGGGACCAAGUACUCAGCCACACCGGCGGUGGACCCUACGAGCACAACGAGUGGUGGAGAGAGAACAUGCGCGUUUUGCAUAUGCCUGAGCCGAAAUCUUAUGCGCCUCGCGAGGUACCUGAAGAACCUCCUCUCGAUCUGCGUAAAGAGUACGCAGACAGUGGCUUGCAGAUAAUUGUCAAGCUAGCUAACACUUAUCUGUCACCCAACGACCCAGAGUGGGAGGGAGGUAGUUGGCACGUCGAAGGCCUAUCAAACGAACACAUCGUCGCGACAGCCAUCUACUACUUCUCCAAUACAAACAUCACACCCUCCCACCUUAAAUUCCGUCAAAACGGUAGCGACGAAUCCUGGUUCGACAUGGAAUACGAACAAGGUGACUAUGCCCACCUCGAAAAGAUCACUGGUUUCAUCAACGAUCAAGACAAUCUCGUCCAAAGCCUAGGCAGUGUGUUGUGUAAAGAGGGUCGCUUACUCGCCUUUCCAAACGUCCUCCAACACAACAGAAAACUCCUCGCGCUUUUCCUCGUAGACCCACACGUACGCAUCCUAUCGACAUCAAAAGUGCCACCGCAACAAAAACACUGGUGGGAGAAGGAUCUCCGCGAAAAGCGCGAGGGCAUUGAGAAACUCAACACUCUCCCCAACGAAUUGAUGGAAAAAGUCUUCGAAGACGUGCAGGAUUUCCCCAUAUCUAUGGAUGAGGCCAAAGAGAUAAGGGAAGCUUUGAUGGAAGAGCGAGGGCCUAUUGGUGAAAGCAUGAUUGAGUGUGAAGCCCAGUUCUUCUUUUGCGAGCAUUGA